AUGUCUUCAAUCACCUCAUAUGGAGGCCUUUAUUCUAGGUCCUUUGCUCAGAAAACUGAAGCUCGACCUUUACCUCCAAAUACCAGCCUGCUCGGCGCAGAUUAUGUUACUAUUUUGAAAUCAGAAUACCAGCAGCUGCUGCAAGCAUCGAAUCAUCUCAAGAAACUGAAAGACUCUCUUUUGGGUGGGGGUCUAUCUCAAGAAACUCUUGAUAUCUUGGUUUACGGAGCAGAUCUUCCGUCUCAGUCCUCCGAAGUUUCUCGAGAGCUCCAUGAGCAGAAGGAUAUUGAUGGACUGAAGAAUCGCUCUGUUACCCAAUCCAAGAGCUCCAACGAUUAUGGAAAUGCUUCUUAUGAGGUCGGCGAGAUCUAUGAGGAAGAUACUGAAGAUGAUGGCAUCGUUUCUCCAAACAGUGACGAAAAGGAUGACUACGAAGAGUCGAGAAGCGCAGAUUCUGUUGUUUCUUCCCCGGCAGCUCAACGCACAGUCUUUAUUCGCGGCUUACCGGACCGGGUCACUCAUCAAGAUGUCGUUGAUGCAGUGAGAGGCGGUGGUCUGCUGCAUCUUUACCUCCGGGCUCGGGAUCAUGCCGCUUACGUCUCGUUUGUUGAACCAGCUGCCGCUGCCGAAUUCCUGCAGCACGCAAAAACUCAUGGCUGUCAUAUUGCCGGGAAGCGCGUCGAGGUCUCAUGGAAUGACCGGCAAUUCUACCUUCCCCCAUACGUCGGAUCGAAGAUCAGGAACGGCGCAACUCGGAAUCUAGUAAUCCACAAUGUGAAUGCAAAUAUCACCGAAUCACUUAUCCGGAGGGACCUUGAGCAUAUCCACAACCUGAUUGUGAUCACUGUGAAAUUCAAGCAAGGCAAUGCAUACAUCUCCACCAACUCCGUUCACAAUACACUAUUUGCUCGGUCCUGCAUGAUGUCUCGAGGCACUUACAAGGGUAUGCGCAUUGGGUUUUACCCUGACGAAUGCGCUGGGCUACUCUCCGAGCUUCCCUCUGGCCCAAAAAGAGAAGUACAACCAGCUUCAAAGAAGUCAUUGUCAGCUUCAAAUCGGUUUCAACUUCUUUCCCUUGAUGGGUCCGGAGACGAUGAUGUUGAAAACCACGAGAGUCUACCUGGCGCAUUGGGCACCCAGUGUUUGAAUGGUAGCAUUAACAUUGCGGAGAGUAGAGUCUCAGCCUAA